AUGAAACUCAGCAAAACUCAUUCUUCAACGGGGCCAGCCCUCGGACCCCCUCCCUGGGUCCUUUCCUACCACGGCCAGCCCCCGGACCCUCCCCUGGGGCCUUCCCUACCACGGCAGCCCGGACCCCCUCCCCCUGGGGUGCACCACGGCCAGCCCCGGACCCCCUCCCCUGGGGUCCUUCCUAUCCCCUGGGGUCUUCCCUACCACGGGGGGACCACCACGGCCUGCGGCCUUCCCUACCACGGCCAUAAUGCCCUCCUUCCCGGGGUCCUACCACCCUCCCCCUCCCCUGGGUCCUUCCCUACCACGGCCAGCCCCCGGACCCCCUCCCCUGGGGUCCUUCCCUACCACGGCCAGCCCCCGGACCCCUCCCUGGGGUCUUCCUACCACGGCCAGCCCCGGACCCCUCCCCUGGGGUCCUUCCCUACCACGGCAGCACCCCCCCUGGGGUCCACGGCCCCUCCCCUGGGGUCCCUUCCUACGGCCCCUCCCCUGGGUUCCUUCCUACCACGGCCAGCCCUCCCCUGGACCACGGCCAGCCCCCGGACCCCCUCCCCUGGGUCCUUCCCUACCCACGGGCCCCAGGACCCCCUCCCCUGGGGUCCUUCCCUACCACGGCCAGCCCCCGGACCCCCUCCCCUCCUUCCCUACCACGGCCAGCCCCGGACCCCUCCUGGUGGGGUCCUGGGGUCCUUGGCCACCACGGGGUCCAGCCCCCCAGCCCCGGACCCCCUCUCCUGGCCGCCGGACCCCCUCCCCUGGGUCCUAACCACGGACCCCUCCCCUGCCUUCCCUACCAGGCCAGCCCCCGGACCCCCUUUCCUAGAGGUAUUUCGCCGGACUUUCCCAAAAAGCUCACAGUACUUCGAGACGGCGCGAGACAUCGAGGUGUGUGGACUCUGA